AUGGAGAGGAGUUUAUCAGAAAAUGGGUCGUCAGGAACAUAUGGAAGCAGUGAAGAGGAGAUGUCAAUAACGAAAGGUCCAUGGACAGAGGGUGAAGAUUCAGUUCUCUUCAAUUACAUUACAGUCCACGGGGAAGGCCACUGGAACUCUGUCGCUCGCUACACAGGCAUGCAAACAUUCAUGUUAAGAUGGUUGAACUACUUGCGUCCUAACGUUCGACGUGGGAACAUAACCCUCCAAGAACAGCUAAUGAUUCUUGACCUCCAUUCCCGUUGGGGCAACAGGUGGUCGAAAAUAGCUGAACAGUUACCGGGGAGAACAGACAACGAGAUUAAGAACUAUUGGAGAACGCGAGUAGUGAAGCAGGCUAAGCAACUGAAUUGUGAUGUGAACAGUAAACAAUUCAGAGACACGUUGCGUUUUGUAUGGAUGCCACGUAUGCUGGAGCGGAUUCAGGCUCAACCCUCAUCAUCAAGCCAAGCCCAAACCUCCUUAAUCUCCAACGCUCAAGCCCAGAGCGACCCUUGUGGAGUCACCACCACCACCGCCACCGCCAACAACCCGCGUUUGCUGUCAGAGGCUUCAUGGGCAGUUGAUGUCCACGCGCCCUCUCUCUCUGACUCUGCCGCGUCUUACAAUUUAAUGGGUGGUGGAAAUUUGUCAUCAUAUGGUGCAGAAGAAGGUUGUAGCAGCCUCUGGGAGGAGAGAAAGUAUGGGUACUCGGACAUAGCAGGAAGUGGUUUUGGUGGCGUUGACUUGUGGACAGACGAGAAUAUUUGCUUCUUGCAACAGCAGCUCGCUGAUGACUUACCUUACAAUUAG